AUGACAGUUCAUCUUCCACCGUUUGUUUCUUUCAAGCCUUCUUCUGGAGGCAGCGACUCUCUUCCCGUCGUAAUUGUCAUCCAAGAGUGGUGGGGCGUCAAUGACCAGUGCAAGGCUCAUGCUCAAAAGAUUGCGGAUCUUGUCGGUGCGGAAGCCAUCAUCCCAGAUUUGUACAAGGGAAAGCUCGGUCUGGAAGCAGAAGAGGCAAGUCAUUUGAUGGAUAACCUUGACUUUAAGAAUGCUGUCGAUGAAAUUGAAGUUCUUUGUGCCGAGCUCCAAAAGGACAACGCUGAUCGAAAGAUUGGUGUUGUUGGAUUCUGCAUGGGAGGAUCCCUAGCACUGGCUACUGCGGCUCUUUUCAAGAAGCCACUAGCCGCUGUUGCUCCAUUUUAUGGCAUUCCACCUGAAGCCCUCUGUAAUGUUGCUGAUAUCGUGGCCAAGACUCCCAUUCAAGGGCACUUUGGUGAUUUGGAUCACUUUGCGGGUUUCAGUGACAAACCUUCGGUGGAUGCUCUAGAAGCGAAGCUCAAGGCUGCUCCAGGGGAUAAGCCAUUUGAGAUUCACCGGUACGAAAAGGAAGGACAUGCCUUCAUGAACCAUGAUGAAUUCUCAAUGGCCCAAGUGAAGAAAUUGGGGUUCCCUGGUGCCUUUGCACAAGAAGACCGUGAUCUUGCAUGGUCUCGACUCUCCGAAUUCUUGAAGAAGAAUCUCCUCUAA